CUCUUUCGGAGCCUCACGUCACUCUUCAUCCCAUCAUCAAAUGCCGACAUCCCGCCUCUGCAUCCCGCCAUCUGCCUGAGAACUCACUGAUCCCUACGGCACCUUACCUUACAUAUAAAAGCUGGCCUUCGACAUGGAAUGCGACAUCUGCCACCGCCCGCACGACGCCCAGCGCCGGCCGUUCUUGUGCGCCGUGGAUGCCCGGAAUAAGAUCUACGAAGGCCGCAUGAGGCACCUGCAAGUCGUGAUUGAGAGCGACGCGCUCAAGGCUCAGAUCAACGAGCUUCUGGAGGAUUCCCGGCCAAGCAAGCACACCUGGGACGAGGCCGUCGCUCGCAAGCAGGCCGCAGAGCACAAGACGGAUGAGAUCCUGGCCGCCGCCGAUAGACUGCGCGAUGAAAUCAAGGCCGCCAGAGACGAGAUCCAGGCCCGGAAGGCGGCGCUCGCUCGCCGGAGGUCCGAUCUGGCUUCCGUCUCGGCCGGGCUGGCGGAACGGAGAGCCAAGCAGCUCAAGGAAGUGGAGAAGUCGACUCAGAUGCUCAGAUUCCGAUGGUCGCAAACGGCUGAGGACACGGCAUCUACUCGGGCCUUCUUAUGUACGGAGGCCGUCCGGCUCUACGGUCUCAAACGGGUGGCGAAGAAAGGCAUCACGGGACGCUACGAAUAUAGUCUCGGCAGGAUUCCCAUUGUUGAUCUAACUAGUAUGGACUCCCUUGAGCCCGAGGUUAUAUCCACCUCUCUCUCCCACAUCGCCCAUGUAAUUGUCCUCGUUUCCCAUUACCUUUCCAUCCGCCUUCCUGCCGAGAUCACCCUCCCUCACCGCGACUACCCCCGACCAACAAUGUUCACCAUUCAAAACUCCUAUCGCCAUGGCGAUGUAACGUUCCCCGGUACCUUGGUAACCGCUCCCCUCUCUGACACUCCCUUUUCCAACCACGUCCCUCGACCUCGACCUCUCUUUGUGGACAAGCCUUUGACGCAGCUGUCCAAAGAGGAUCCCUCCGGCUAUUCCCUAUUCCUCGAAGGCGCCACGUUGCUCGCUUAUGACGUUGCCUGGCUUUGCUGUUCGCAAGGCGUGUCCAUUGGCGACAGGACCUCCUUUGAGGACAUCUGCAACAUGGGCCGGAACAUGUACAGUCUCUUGAUGAACAACCAGUCGUCGGCCAAACAGUAUUCGAUUGGCGCGCCAGGAAGUGAUGUCGACGACGGUCCAAGUUGGAUCGGACGCUUUGCUCACGGCUCAACAUUUUACUUCCUUGCCGGCGAAGAAGGAACCCAAUUGGUCAAGUCCUUCAAGCUCCCCAACCCGUUGAAACUCGCCGAUAAGCUGAAGAAGAAGCUUCUCGGCGACGCGCCCGCGCCUGACUGGGAGGUCCUUGGCGAUGAUGAAUGGAAGGACGAAGGCUUGGUCGGCAACGGGGCGUUUGAUCCAAAGGCUGCGGGAAGCAGGAAUGGCGGCGGUCUUUAUGAUGGAAAGGACUCGCCGAGGACUAGCAAUUCGAAUGGGUGGAUGAAGGUCAAGAGCAGAUGA